CAGGACUUCCGCGGAGAGUACGUCAGACGUCCCUCUAUUCAAGCUAGCCCGUGGAAGUUCCUCAUUGCUACGUCCUCGCACCUCAGUGUGCGUUAGCGAGAGUAAAUGAAGACCUUUCUCUUCAGUCAUGAAUAGGACGCAGCUGAAGCGGUCCAGUAUUUUGAGAAUGGCUGGUGUGGAAAUGGUGAACCGAGACGGAAUCGAGGAGACCUUCCUCCUCCGGGCUGCGAGGAUCGCAGCUGUGGUAGCAAUGUACUGGUUCGUCUCCAUAACAAUGGUGUUCCUCAAUAACCACCUUUUGGACAACCACGACCUGGACGCACCGCUAUUUGUGACAUUCUACCAGUGCGUUGUGACUGUGGUGCUCUGCUGGCUGAUGCAGUUGUUGUCUGCCGUGUGCCCGCAACUGAUCGAUUUCCCGUCGGUCAAAUUUGAUGUGAAGACGUCCCGCGAAGUUCUGCCCCUGUCGGUGGUCUUUAUCAGCAUGAUAACAUUCAACAACCUGUGCCUGAAACACGUCGGAGUGGCCUUCUACACUGUGGGACGUUCCCUCAGCACUGUAUUUAAUGUGUUGCUGUCGUAUGUGGUCCUGAGGCAGACCACUUCCUUCAAAGCCAUAUCGUGCUGUGGGAUCAUUCUAGGUGGAUUCUGGCUCGGCGUGGACCAGGAAGGCAUAGCGGGCUCCCUCUCCUGGUCAGGUGUCUUCUUUGGCGUAGUCGCCAGUGCCUGUGUGUCUCUCAAUGCCAUCUUCACAAAGAAAGUGAUGCCUGCAGUGGACGCAAAUAUCUGGAAACUAUCCUACUAUAACAACAUCAAUGCAUGCAUCCUCUUCCUCCCACUCAUCCUUGUAUUUGGAGAGGUGGGCCGCAUUACCAGGUUCAGCCGCCUCACUGAUCUGUGGUUUUGGGCCAUGAUGACACUUGGAGGGGUGUUUGGGUUUGCCAUCGGUUAUGUCACAGGCUUGCAGAUCAAGUAUACCAGUCCGCUAACUCACAAUGUCUCAGGGACUGCAAAAGCCUGUGCUCAAACUGUUAUUGCAGUGUUGUACAACUCCUCCAGUAAAACCGUUCUGUGGUGGACCAGUAACAUGUUGGUUCUAGGAGGGUCUUCAGCCUACACGUGGAUCAAGAGCCGAGAAAUGAAGAUGACUCCCUCCGGGCCUCAGGAUUUCGCCAAAGAAAAAUUGAUACCUGGAGAGAAAGCAAACACAGGGGUAUAGCCCCCCCCCCAAAAGAAAACAAAUCAUAAAUAUUAAAAUUUAAUUCAAUAUUUUGUCUGCUCUUUUUGUAUCCAUAAUGUGAAAUGCACUUUUGUAGUCAUUUGAGGUUUAAUCACACUGCGUUUAUACUGUAAUUUCAGGUCACUUUUUUUGUCUUUAAAUUUAACACUUGUGGUUCCUUGACACUUGCUAGUUAAAUUCACUUCAUACUGAGGUUGUUACUUUAUUUAUGCUUUACAAUUGGCUCACAGCACAAAGCAACAAAAUUGACUGAGCGAUGGCAUCUAUCUAAAAAAAAAUACUUGAACGUAGGUGUACUGUACGUAAAGGUACCAACGAACAGUAUUUAUUUCGGGGGUUAUGCUACAGUUGCCUUUACAAUCACUGACUAAUCUAGUAAUGUUCAUGUUACCGCCAGAUGUUUAAAAACAUGGUAUUUCAUAAACAUGAGUAUCAUUUUCAAA